AGGGAGGACCUUGCUGAGGAAUUCAGAACGUAUUGCAGGGAAAGUGUGUGCUACAUUCCUUGAAGUGCGGAGAGGAUGAGACAAGGCGGGGCCAAAGAUGAUUUCAGGGGUGAGGAACGGUAGUACAGAAGCACGUGAUGAUAAUGACAAUGAUGAUGAUGAUGAUGAUGAUGAUGAUGAUGAUGAUGAUGCGGAUGAUGCGGAUGAUGAUGAAGAUGAGAUGCUGCUGCUGCUGCUGAUGAUGAUGAUGAUGCUGAUGCUGAUUAUGGUAAUGGUGCCACUGCUGCUGAUGGUGGUGGUGAUGGGGUCGCUGCUGCUGCUGCUGCUGGGGAUGGUGAUGCUGGUGGUAGUGCUGGUCCUGCUGGUGGCACCACCACCAGGUGGGGGCAGUGCUGGCAGGGGUGGCAUGGGCUGUGGUGUGGGGGGUGGCAUCGAGGGUGAUAUCAGGUGCUGCUGGGGGGGGUGGCAACCGGCACGACAGGACGGUGUUAUCUGUGGAGUGGCAGUGGCAGUGGCUGUGGCGAUGGGGUUGGUAGUGAGGAGGAGGAUAACAAUUGACAAAGAGAUGAAAAUCCCGGUGGACAAUGGCUAAGGAGUUCCACCUGCUCAUGCCAAAUCUGCAAGCACAGAGCUGGGAAUAGUGGCCUCCCAAGUAUGGGCCUCCCAUAGACACUC